UGUUUAGGUGCUGAAUGCAUAGGGCGGACUGCUUGGACAGGUGUUUAAGAGAACGGAGAGUGUGAUGGGCGGGCAAGAUAAGGAAGACGAUGCAGGCGAUUUUUUCUUGCUGCCAGAAUGGGGGGCGUGGUGCAAAUGGAAGGGAGUGGAGGUGGUGACUCCUGGAAAGAAGCUAGAGGGGUUUCGUUUGUAUGUGUGCGACAGGUGGGUGGCGUCGGGUCACCCGUGGAUGGUGGUGGAGAAGACGGGAGACAAGAGAGACGAGUUGGCGGUAUCUUUGGUGAGGUGUAGAGAUGGCGUUGAGCGCGGGGAGAGGGUGGGAGAGGCGGUGGCGUUAUGGGGACCGUGGUUGUACGGUUUUGAGGUGGUUGAGACGCGUUUGGGGAGGUUGGUGGUGCACCGCGACGUGGGGUCUUUGUGCGGUCAUCGUGCGAGGUCUCCAGGGUUUGCGGGUUCGAGCGCGAGGUUGUUCUGGAGGUUGUGGUGGAUAAAGGGCGGACAGUUCAAGGAGUGCGAGAAGGAUUUUUUGACUGGUUUUUUGCUGAGGAAGUUGGGAAUAGGGGAAGAUUGGUCGGGUGGUGAAGACAGAGAGGUGGUGGUGCCGUACGUGAGGGGGAGUUGGGCGAAGGACGCGGCGUUGUUUUACAAGGAGUUUGAAGUGGUGUGCAAGGAGGGCAAUUUGUUGGGCGCGUUGAAGAGGACGGUGAAGGAGGCGCAAGCGUACAUGACGAGUUUGGCCUACUAUCAGGGUCCGGUGGACGGUUGUUUCUACGAGGAGUUCGAGAGGAGUUUGUGGUGGUUUCAGGUAGAGUGGAACGCUGGGGUGAUGAACGGGUCGAAGGGGUGCGAGAGGGGGGCGGAGUUGAAGGCGGAGGGGUGCUUGGACAAGAGGACGUACUGGCAGAUAAGGAGGAGGGUGGAGAUGUACAGGGAGAAGCUGAGGGGGUUGGGAUACGUGACCGCGAGGAAACUGAAGAAGCACGAGGGGUUGAGGAGGGCGGUGUGCGCGUUUCAGAGUCGGGCUGGGUUGAAGGCGGACGGUCGAUUGGACGCGAGGACGAGGUGUUGGAUCGAGCUGGCGGCGAAGAGCGAGAACUCGUUGAGGGGCGGGGUGACGGAGGGGGACAAGGAGAAGCACCAGGCGACGGGCAGGGCGACGAGGGCGGUGGAGAGGUGGAGGAGGCAGUCGGUGAAGGAGCAGUUGUCGUACGUGUGUGCACGUGUGUGCGAGUGGGUGUGUGUGUGACGCAUGCGAGUGGGUGUGCGUGCGAGGUAUGCGAGUGGGUGUGUGUGUGACG